AUGGCACCAUUACUAGGAAGCUGGACGCCACCAGAGACCGGCGAGUCUCCAUGUCCAAGCGUCGAGCACAAUGCUCUCCGAAAGAGUAUUCUAUACAUCGACGCUUACGACUCAUUUUCAUACAAUGUAGUCGCCAUGCUCGAAGAAGUCCUCAACGUCAAGGUCACCGUGAUGACAAUCGACUCGGGAUGGCCGGACGGUAAUAUCACAGAGUUUCUGCAGCACUAUGAAGCUGUUGUUCUUGGUCCUGGGCCGGGUGAUCCACAGGUUCCGAAAGAUGUCGGUAUUAUGAAGGAUAUCUGGAAUCUUGGCGAGGCAGAUAUGUUGCCUGUGUUUGGGAUUUGCCUAGGGUUUCAGAGUUUGUGUCUUCACCACGGGAUUCCUAUCAGGAGGCUGCCGUAUCCGUUGCAUGGUCAGGUUCAUCGGAUUUCUACGGCGAGGGAGGAUGUUUUUGAUGGGAUGGGAGAUCUCAGGGUUACGCUUUAUCAUUCGUUAUAUGCUAAAUUGGAUGACUGUGAGGCUUCGGUUGAAGGAAAAACUGGUCUUUCGAAGCUUGGCGGCGAGCUCGAUCUACUUGCUUGGUUGUUCAUUGACAGCACGGAGACUGAAGCGAGAACGCAGAUUCCCAUGGCUAUUCGCCACCGGAGCAAACCAUUCUGGGGCGUACAAUUUCACCCUGAAUCAUGCAAAUCGGACAGGGAGGCUUGCGAUCAAUUACUCAGGCGAUGGUGGAAAAUGGUUCUGAACUUCAACAAAACGACCGGACGUGGGGGUUAUGGAACGCUUCCCGACACACUCGUUACCUGCUCAGAUAAUGUGGCUUCCCUUCCGGAUGCUGCAUUUACGAUGUUGAAAUGGAGCGCUUCUACGUCAAGGAAAUCUGCCUGUCGAACUUUCUCGCAAAGUGAUCUGACCGCGGAAGCGAUAUGCGAAACACUCAACACCCCCGGAUCGCCAACUGUGCUAUUCCAGUCCAAUGGAAGAUACAGCAUCAUAUCUGUUCCGAGUCCAGGGUCAUGGCGGUUGGAAUACUACAGUGCUUCUGGGAAGUUUUCAUUGGAAGACUUGAGCAACCGCGGCGUGCAUGAAGACACGACACUGGUUGAGAAGUCACUGUCGGUAUCACAGUUCUGGGACGCAUUAAGAUAUUUGAUGGAAAUGAAGAGGGUCCACAAUGGUGAUCAUACCGUUCCCUUCUGGGGAGGGUUCCUAGGAUACUUCUCUUAUGAGAUGGGUCUUGCUUGUCUUGCACGCCCGAAAGAUGCAGAAGCCAUGCAUAACGGUUUUCAAGAACGUCAUUCUUCGCGAGGUGCCACCGCGGAUGACCCUGCAGAUGCCAGUCUUUUGUGGACUGACCGGAGUAUUGUCGUUGACAACCAAACUGGUCGAGUCAUUGUUCAGUCGACUCGGGAAUCGGACGACGUACCGGCUGGCUGGCUCGAUCAAACAUUACAGUCACUGAACAAACUCUCAACUGCUAAUAUCAUAACCCAAGACGAUAAUGUCAUCGCGGACGGGCAGACCCUGGACACCAUCCUCAACCAGGGCAAUAUCACUUUCCCCAGCCCACAGUCAUAUAUAAAGCAAGUGGAAGCUUGCAAGGCUGAGCUGGAAGCCGGCGAAUCAUACGAGCUAUGCCUAACCUGCGAAACUUCAAUUACGUUACCAUCUCCGAACACUAACAGCGGUCGUGAGAACUUCCCCUGGAAGCUAUACAAGCGCCUGAGGAAGUACAAUCCCGCAGCUUUCAGCGCCUACGCAAAAAUAGGAAACGUCAAGAUCGUGAGCAGCAGCCCCGAAUGUUUCCUCAACUGGGACCGAGAAUCGAUACUCGAGAUGAAACCGAUGAAAGGCACGGUGCGCAAGACCGAUGAUAUGACCAUGGAAAAAGCCAGGGAGAUUCUGGGUUCAGCAAAGGAAGUGGCGGAGAAUCUCAUGAUUGCAGAUCUAAUUCGUCACGACUUAUACGGAAUCUGUGGCUCCGGUAACGUCUACGUUGAGAAACUCCUCGAGGUUGAAGAUCACGGACGAGUCUUCCAAAUGAUCACCCACGUCAAGGGCGAUGUCAAUUCACGCCGACUUGGCCCCGCAGUGCGGGACAUGCCGCAACUCCAGACAUCGAGUAUGGCUGUCCACGGCCUGACAGCUUUACAACGAUGCCUCCCUCCUGGGUCAAUGACUGGGGCACCUAAGGAACGCUCAUGCAUGCACCUUCGCUCGAUUGAGGAUCGGAAGCGUGGUAUUUACUCUGGUGCCAUGGGAUAUCUCGACAUUGGAGGUGGAGGAAGCUUUUCCGUCCUCAUCCGUACUGCCUUUACAUCCUCCGAUGAUAAGGACGAGAAGCAGUUAUGGCGGAUUGGCGCCGGCGGAGCAGUGACUACUCUCAGUACUGCUGAGGGCGAGUGGGAUGAGAUGCUGACCAAGUUGCGGACUGUUUGCAAUAUCUUUACACCCUUGGAUUCUGAGGGCUGA